AUGACUAUUCAAAGAACUUCCGUCAUUGUAUGUGGCGCCGGCUCAGCCGGUCUCUGUGCUGCCACAUUCUUGGCCUGCGCUGGUAUAUCAUCUCAUCAUAUCAAGAUCCUGGAGCGAAACGCGGGGCCUAUGAAGAUAGGACAAGCCGAUGGAGUACAAUGCCGUACAGUGGAGGUAUUCGAGUCUUUUGGCCUCUCAGAAGAAUUACUAAAAGAUUCUUAUCACGUCCUGGAGGUCUGCUUUUGGGCAGAAAAGGAAGAUCCUACGGCAACUACCAAGCAGCUGGUGAGAACGAGGCGCACAGCCGACACUAUGCCAGGACUUUCGCACCAUCCGCACGUUAUACUGAAUCAAGCCAGUAUAAACGGGAUGCUUUUGAAGAAGAUGUAUGAUGAAGCCGGUAUGGCAGUAGAGUACGGGUGGCAUGUAACCAAUGUCACGGUUGACUUUGAGGGGGACCCAAACUUCCCUUGUGUAGUAACGGCGGCGAAGGGGAUUGAAGGGAUAGAGACUACCAUGCGAGCCAAAUAUGUUCUGGGAUGUGAUGGGGCGCAUAGCACCGUAAGACGCUCACUUGGGUAUAAGAUGAUCGGCGACAGUACGGAUUCUGUAUGGGGAGUUAUGGAUGUCUAUCCUCGCACAAAUUUUCCGGACAUCAGAAAGAAGGCAACAUUACACACAAAUGAUGGAAACCUAAUGAUUAUUCCCCGAGAGGGAGACUCGCUUGUUCGAUUUUACAUUGAACUUCCAGGCGGCACGGAGGCCAAGAGUGUCAAGCUUGAGGAUUUACAUCAAACAACAAAAGAAAUAUUCUGGCCGUAUACGAUGGAUAUUGCAGAAACAAUGUGGUGGUCCGCUUAUUCCAUUGGUCAACGUCUGGUCGACCAUUUCCACAAAGAUCACCGAAUAUUCCUAACUGGAGAUGCAUGCCAUACACACAGUCCCAAAGCUGGUCAAGGAAUGAAUGUCAGUCUUCAGGAUGGUUACAAUCUUGGGUGGAAGCUGGCCGCAGUACUAAAAGGUCAAGCGCCGAGCUCCAUACUAGAGACGUAUUGUCUGGAGCGGGAAAAGGUUGCUGCUGACCUAAUUGAGUUUGAUAGGUUCUUUGCUAGCAUCUUCUCUUCCAAGAAAACCGGACACAAUCCGGAAAACUUUCCAGGGCACUUCAUCAAAGCUGGCAGAUACACAGCUGGCUUGACUGCCAAAUACGAUGAUUCUGUGUUUACAUCUACAGCCAGGAGUCAACCAGAACUGGCUCGUGGACUGACCGUGGGAAUGAGAUUCCGGAGCUCUCAGGUUGUGCGUUUUUGUGAUGCGCGAGCUAUGCAAUUGGUUCGCUCGUUUCCAGCUGACGGAAGAUGGCGCAUCGUUAUCUUCGCUGGAGAUAUCUCGACCCCUGCCUGUUUGGAGAGAUUAAACAAACUGGCUGCUUUUCUGUCCUAUGAACAAGGGCCCGUUUCAAGAUUCACACCAUCGACAGCUGACCGUGAUAGCGUCAUUGAGCCUAUACUGGUGCUUCAUGGCGAAUCAAGCCAAAUCGAGCAGCAGCAAAUACCAGAAUAUUUUACACCGGUAAAUAAAAAGUGGCGUAUGAGAGACCUUUUUAAAACUUUUGUAGACUGCAAGAGUUAUAAUUCCGGUCAUGGCCAUGCGUACGAAACUUACCAAAUCGACAAGAGAGAAGGCGCAAUUGUAAUUGUGCGUCCAGACCACUAUAUUUCUCUUAUCACUAGUCUCACAGACUAUCAGACCAUAGACAGCUUUUUCGAAGGAUUUUCCCUCAGUCCUACACAGGAGGCAGAAGGGUUGCUGCAUAGAGCUGCAUAGAGCUGCACAAGUUGUCUUCUCUCGCUUCGCUUGAGAAACAGAGGGGCGAUUUAAGAUCAAGUACUCUGUAUAAUCUAAAAUGUGUACAGGCUUUGGGAGUGCUCCAGCCCAUUAGAUAUUGCGUAACCUGUAUGCUGCAUAGGUAUGU